AUGUCGGCUCUCCAGACGCAGAGAAGCCGCUCCGAGGCGAGCAAGAGCGCGGAUGUAGCGCGCAAAGCUGUGCAUUAUCCCUUCUGGUUCGGCGGGAGCGCGAGUUGCUGUGCGACGCUGUUCACGCACCCGCUGGAUCUCGUCAAGGUGCGGUUGCAGACGCAGCCCGCCGCCGGCGCGAAGCUGAACAUGUCGCAAAUGUUUGCGCACAUUGCGAAGACGGACGGCAUCGGCGGCCUGUACCGCGGCCUCUCCGCCGCGCAGCUGCGCCAGAUGACGUAUUCAAUGACGCGCUUCGGCGUGUACGAGGCGCUCAAGGAACGCUUCACCACGGCCGACUCGAAGCCCUCGUUCCUGACGCUCGUCGGCAUGGCGUCCGUCUCGGGCGCCCUCGGCGGCGUCGCCGGCAACCCAGGCGACAUCCUGAACGUGCGGAUGCAGCACGACGCCGCGCUGCCGCCGGCCCAGCGCCGCAACUACAGGCAUGCGCUGCACGGCGUGGUGCGCAUGGCGCGCGACGAGGGCGUCGCCAGCCUGUGGAAGGGCGUGUGGCCCAACUCGGCGCGUGCCGUGCUGAUGACGGUCGGCCAGCUGGCCACGUACGACGGCUUCAAGGGCGCGCUGCUCAACCACACGCCGCUGACUGACGGCCUGGCGACGCACUUCACUGCCUCGUUCCUCGCCGGCUUCGUCGCGACCACCAUCUGCAGCCCCGUCGAUGUCAUCAAGACGCGCGUCAUGAGCUCGCACGCCAAGGAGGGCAUCGUCAAGCUCGUCACCGACAUCACCCGCCAGGAGGGUCUGUCGUGGAUGUUCAAGGGCUGGGUGCCGAGCUUCAUCAGGGUGGGGCCGCACACGGUGCUGACCUUUUUGUUCCUGGAGCAGCACAAGAAGUACUACCGGCAGUUCAAGGGCGUAGACUAG